AUGCAAGCAAUUUUCGAAGCGGACGGUGUAUACAAGGAGAUAUGCCCCGAAGAGGAGCCCUUGUGCUCAGACCGCGGGAGUCGAAUGAUCUUCCUCUUCAGUGUGGACAAUACAGUGACCAUUUUUGCAGGUACUGCCUUGGGAAUUGCUAUCGAUCGCACCGGUCCAGUGGCACUUUGCAUAUUGGGGGGCGUCUUCCAAGCUGCAGGGCUCUUGCUGAUGGGCAUUGGGAAUGGUGAUCCCAACGCGGCUGCAGACACACUCUUGUUUGCAUUUGUUAUCAGUGGCAUUGGUGGGACAGCAUUGAUGCUGCAGUCAUUGAAGCUUGCUUUCAUUGUUGCACCUCGUCACUUUGCUCUUGUGAUGGCCAUCGCCAAUUGUUUGGUGGAUGGGUCCUCCGUAGUGCCUUUGGGUUUGUAUCGGCUGUAUGUGGCUGGACUAUCUCGACAGUGGGUUUUCUCAGGCUAUGCUGUGCUGUGCUUCCUCCUGAGCAUGUGUUUGGCGGUAAGCUGGCACGGAGCGCCUAGUGCCAGACUCAGUGCCGCCAAUCGCAAGGAGUCUGCAGCGGCUACCAGCGAAGCAGAAGGUCUGUGCCCAAGACUGCAUGGCCUAACAGUGAGACAGCAACUGCCAACAAUCGAGUUUGCCUUUGCCGUCACGUUCAUGGUGACACAGGUCUUUCGAAGCAAUGCAUAUCUCGGCGUAAUCAAAAGUCUCCUCCAAGGUCUGGGUGAUGAUGAGAAUGUGUACAUGCAGAUUUUGACCAUCUCACUUCCAGCAUCAACUCUUUUUGUUUGCCUCUUUGACAUGAGCUUAAAGAAAGGUGGCUUUGCAUUCACCUUCUUCGUGGUACUGUUUCUUGGCUUGACCUGGAAUAUUACUAUGCUGCUUCCAAGCCUUCCUUUGCAAGUGCUUGGUUUUGCAGCUUUCACAAAUUUCCGUGGCCUCCUCUUCGCCUCAUUCUUCACCUUUGUUGGGCACAGCUUCGGAAACCGGACAUUUGGCCGAAUCAAUGCUUUGCUCUGGUUCUGUGCCGGCAUCCUAUCUCUACUUGUCCAUCCUUGUGUGGAGAUUUCCAAGCAAUGGACUGGAGACCUUGUGGCGAUGAACAUUUUCAUGCUGGCAUUGUGCUUUCCUGCCGUGUUGAUGACAGUGGUGCUUUCAAUUCAUCUUUGCCGAAAUCCUGCCGGAGACAUCAAAGUGUUGAACUCAAAGCCAGCUGAAGUAGCUGAAAGCUCCGCUUAG